GGAGGCGGCGGCGGCGGCGGCAGCGGCUGCGGGCAGCGCGCGGGGCGCAGGGCGCGAGGCGACCGCCGUCGGGGCUCGGGCGGCUCGCAGUGGGCACAGGCUCCCCGGUGCCCGCCCCUCCGCCGGGAGGGGGGCGCGAGCGGGCGGCCGGGGAGGGGCCGGCGCGGCCGCUGCAAAAUGAGCCUGCUGUCGGCCAUCGACACGAGCGCCGCCUCGGUGUACCAGCCGGCCCAGCUGCUCAACUGGGUCUACCUGUCGCUGCAGGACACGCACCAGGCCAGUGCCUUCGAUGCCUUCCGGCCCGAACCGCCCGCCGGCGCCGCGCCCCCGGAGCUGGGCUUCGGCAAGGGCCGCCCCGAGCAGCUGGGCUCGCCUCUGCACUCCAGCUAUCUCAACAGCUUCCUACAGCUGCAGCGCGGAGAGGCGCUGAGCAGCAGCGUGUACAAGAGUGCCUCACCCUAUGGCUCCCUCAACAACAUCGCCGACGGCCUGAGCUCGCUCACCGAGCACUUCUCGGACCUGACCCUCAGCUCAGAAGCCCGCAAGCCCAGCAAGCGGCCUCCGCCCAAUUACCUGUGCCACUUGUGCUUCAACAAAGGCCACUACAUCAAGGACUGUCCCCAGGCACGCCCCAAAGGCGAGGGUCUGACGCCAUACCAGGGCAAAAAGCGCUGCUUCGGCGAGUACAAGUGUCCCAAGUGCAAGAGAAAAUGGAUGAGCGGGAACUCCUGGGCCAACAUGGGGCAGGAGUGCAUCAAGUGCCACAUCAAUGUGUACCCACACAAGCAGUCUCAUCUGAAAUGGGAUCCAGGGAAGGGGAACCCACUUCCCAAGGACAGGAAAGAGGUAAAAAGAGGAGAAAGUGAGGCACCGGCUGUGAAAGGUUCCCCCAAGAGACCCCUGGAGAAGCCUGACGGCCUGGACGUGUCUGACCAGAGCAAGGAGCACCCACAGCACCUCUGCGAGAAGUGCAAGGUGCUGGGCUACUAUUGCCGCCGUGUGCAGUGACACCACUGCCUGCCACCUCCCUGUGCUGCGCAGGGGGUUGUGUGUCCCCUGGCCUCACGCGUGGUGACAGUAUUGCUGAGGUCACUGUCCCCGGGGCCCCCUCCUCUGGGAGGUCCUCUGGGGUGAGCAGCCUGCAUUGGCCACAAGUGCACUAAAUUUACUGUGAAUCCCUAGGCCGAGGGGCUGCAUCCCCAAGGCCAGCCAGGCCCCCCCCUGCCCAGAACCGUCCUGUUUGUCCUGUGUGCAAAGCCACUCUGAGAAAGUCCACCUCUCAGUCCUAAGCCAGCAGUUCCAGUGCACAGGUACCUGUGCGCAGCUGCUAGGGAGUGGACCUCUGUCCCAUGCCCACAGGGAACCCCAAAUCCUGACCCCCUUUGAUGUCACCAUAUUGCACCUGGGAACUGCCCCAGGCCCAGGCAGCAGAGGUCAGAAGGUGGCACUGUGCACUGGACAGUGCUCCCAAGAUGUGUCCUGGGGCUCAUGGGGGGCACAGCCACGAGCCCUUAAUACCAUCCCACUGGCUUGGGUCCUGUCAGCCUCAUUCCCCUCCCAUCCCCAUUGCCUCCUGACCCCACGGGGGACCGUCAGGGCUGCAAGCCCCAGUUCAAAGGACAAGGCCUGGCCCAGCCCUCUGCUAAUGCACUGUGCCGCCUGGGGAGAAGAUGUCACAUCUCCAGCCCCAGUUUCCCUGUCAGGUGAGAGAGCGGCACUAGAGAACAGAGGUCCCUGAGAGCUCUGAUGUCCUAGGAGCAGGCUGGCCAGGCACCUGUCCUGGAAUGGUGGGGGUAUUUGUACCCUCAAAUGUGAGCAGCACCUCCCAGGUACCCUUUAUUCCCCCGAGUGGCCACUUAGGAAGCCAAGCUGAGGGACAAAGAGUCCUCUUGCAGCUGCCCAACCUAUUGUGCCCUUCCCCUGCCAAAAAAUGGACAAGGACCUCCCAGCCCCUCCCAGAGGGCUACCCUGAGACAAGCCAUGGCACCUGUCACAUGGGGAUGGGGACAGUGACUUCCUACCUCCCAAAGGAGCAGAGAGGCCUCGCGGCAUGUCACACGGUCAGGAGGCCCACAGUCCUGGUUGGCAGCAGGCAUGUGGCCUCCUUUCUCCCCAGUGAGAAGCCCUGAUUCUGUUGUCCUUUUCUCAUGGGGCAGGGACAGAGCCAGCUGCCAGUACUGGGUCUCUUGAUUUUGCCCCAACAUUGUGCCUCUGUGGGAAAAAACAAAACAAAACAAAAACAAAUCAGACCACAAAAUGGGCCUGAAAUCCAGUGUUUACCACGGCUCCAGGACACCCAUCCGGUGCCUGGCCGCCUUUAGUUUUCAAAUGAAAAUGCUUUGUGCGAGUGAGGAUUUACAGUAAAGUGCUCACCAAGGGUCCAGGGAGUAGGGUAGUAGAGACAGAGCGACUUGCAGCCAGGGGGGCUGCAGGGUAGAGUUUGGGGGACCCCCCCACCCUCUGAGCACUUAAAACCCAGGAGUGUUUGCUGCAGCUGCACCCUCUAGCUGCUGCCCACCUGGGCAGCAUGCUGGCAGCAGACUGGCAGUACCACCCACCCCUGGAUACUGCCACUGAGGUAACCUGGGUGGCCGGGCCCCAAGGCUUCUGUCUCCAAGAAGAAGCUGCAGAUGGCAGUCAUCCUGCUGGGCUCCUAAAGAGAAUGACCCCAGUGGCGAACGGAGUGCUUGUCUCCAUGUGAGGACAAGCAGAGCCAGGGAGGACCGCUGGGGCCUGCCACUGGGCUGCAGAGGUGGUGGGGAAGCUCACACCCUAGAAGGAACCCAGACUCCAGACCACAGGAGGCCAGGGCCAACAGGAAAUAGGAUAUCACCCCUAAGUGACCUUCGCAGCGGGCUGGUCCAGCUGGCACCAUUACCCGGCCAUCUGUGCAGGCAGGAGGCCACCUCAGAGGCUGGCCUGCGGCAGCCACCCCUAUGCGUCCCUCUUGCACAGUUGGGGUGUGCUCUGUGAUCGCUGUGUGCUGUGGGAACUUAGUGCUCAGAGGGCCUGGCAGCUCGGAGACAAGAAAGUGUGUGGUGUUCGUGCAUUCAAAAAGGGACAAUCGUCUGCGGUUAUAGAUCUAACGAUCCAGUUGGGAGAUCAUGGUGUUUACCCCAUAUGAAGUAUUCACUAGCUGUACUUGUGAAUUUGUAUUUAUUUUGAGUUAUACUUGACACGGACUUCCUUUUUUAAAAAAACAAAAAUACUAUGUGUGUAUUUUGGGAAAAAAAUGAAUAGAUGUUAAAAUUUCUGCAUGGUUACCACUUUUUUUUUUUCACAACACUGAAUUUGGUAGCUUCUCCCCCCAAAAUUUUUUUCACAGUGAUUUUUGUUUGUAUAUAUUUGAGGGCCUUUUUUAAAAAAAAAAAAAAAAAAGCAAAAAGAAAAGCAAAAGAAAAAUAGAAUGGCUUGAUUUUUUUUUUUUUUUGAGAUUAUAAAACAAAGAGAGGGGUAUUCUCCAAACUUCAGAACUUUUAAGAGGGCAAUAGAAUAUCCAACAAAGAUUUCUGGAAGUGUUUUUGCAAGUCUUCUGGUGGAACUACAAGAAAAUAUUUAUGGUGAGAACUCUUUUUCCUGUUACUUGUUUUGGUUUUUUGUUUGGCUUUUUUAAAAAUUUGUUUUUUUUACUCUGCUUUGGUCUGUAAAAAGUAUGCAAGUGAACUACAUUAAGAAGGAAAUAUUGUCUACAUAGAAUAUUAUAUGAAGUUGGUACAUAAUUCUGAUGAGAAAAAAAAUACUGCGAUUCUUUAAAGCCAUGUUGUUGUUAUUCUGUAUUGUUUUUCUGGGGUGAAAAUAUCAGUAUUAGUAGCCAGCAUAUUAUUCAAGUGUUUAGACUUAUUAAUGUGUUCUUGUCCUGUAUUUAUACAUAUGUGUAUUUUGGAAAGCAUUGCUUUUUUUUUUUUUUAAAGGGGAGCUAUUAUUAGAUACAUGGCAAAAAACAAAAAAAGGGAAUCGUGACCCCUUCCGCUGAGGAUAGCCAGCACAGCCUUGGAAUCUAUGUUCCCGUACCUUCUCAUUAUUAUCUGGUUACUAUGGUGUUAUUAAUUUUGUAGGGUAGGGCGGGGUGGGAUAUGAGAAGAGAGGAAGCGUGGGAUGAUCCAGCCCCUCAGCCGGCCAGCAAGGCCCAUGGAGUGAGGGGGAGCCGGGCUCCCAUGACAGCUGGGGACUCUUCCACCUGAGCCUCCGGGCCCUGCUCUUGAACUUGGAUGGGUCAUGCAGAGCCCUCACGCCUGCCUCCAGCAUCUAAUAGACUUGAACUACUCUAAACACAUAUUUAAUCCAGCCUCACUACAUUGUGCCCCAGUCAGCAACUAACACUGAAGGGUGGGGUGUCCCAGCCUUUGGAGAGGUGACCCGGUGGUUUCCCCACCUCCUGAGGCUGGUAACAGUUGGGAUCACUGCUGUUUUAACCAGCUCCAGCUGCUGGACCUCCUCCACCCCCGUGUGGUGACCCUGUCUGUGUCUGUGAUGUCCGUAUGUGUGUGUCCAGCUAAAAGACAAACAGAACCCGCGGGCCCCGCUGGGAGGGCGCUGGAGACGGCGCCUGGCUCCCCACAGGGCAGCCCUCGGGAUGGCAUUCCGGUGUGUGCCUUAUUCCUGGAGACUAUACGCCUUGCCUUUGGAAAUAUAGCCUUUUCAUGCUAUAUUAAAAGGACUUUGGAACGCGCA